AUGAAGACUGACUUUAGGUUCUCCAACUUGCUGGGCACAGUCUACUGCCAGGGCAACUUGGCCUUCAGUCCCGAUGGCACUCAUCUCUUCUCGCCCGUCGGCAACCGCGUGACCGUCUUCAACCUGGUCGACAACAAAUCCCACACCCUCCCAUUCGCACAUCGAAAGAACAUUGUUCGAAUAGGCCUCUCCCCCCGCGGCAACCUCCUUCUCACGGUUGACGAAGACGGCCAUGCGAUCCUGACCAACGUCCCCCGCCGCGUAUUCAUCUACCACUUCUCCUUCAAGUCGCAGGUCACAGCGCUCUCGUUUUCGCCCUCAGGCAGAUACUUUGUGGUGGGAUUGGGGCGCAAGGUGGAAGUCUGGAACGUGCCUUCGACCCCCGAUACCAAUGCCGACGGUGCACUCGAAUUCGCUCCCUUUGUCAAGCGCCGAACCCUGACCGGCCACUUCGACUCGGUCCAGCAUAUCGAGUGGUCCAGCGACUCCCGGUUUUUCUUGACAGCUUCCAAGGACUUGACAGCAAGGAUAUGGAGUGUGGAAUACGAAGAAGGCUUUAUUCCUACCGUCCUCGGUGGCCACAAGCAAACCGUCAUCGGCGCUUGGUUCUCCGGUGAUCAGGAGACCAUCUACACUGUCAGCAAGGAUGGUGCGGUUUUCGCCUGGAAAUACGUCAAGCCUCUGAACUCAACAAAGGAUGAGAAUAAAAUGGAAGACGAUGACGACAGCGACGACGACUCGGAUAUGAGAUGGCGGAUCGUGGAGCGACACUACUUCAUGCAAGGUAGCGCACAUGUACGAUGUGCCUACUUCCAUGCGGAAACAAAUCUGUUAGUCGCCGGAAUGUCCAAUGGUCUCUUCAGCCUCUACGAGAUGCCCGACUUCAACAACAUUCAUAAAUUGAGCAUCUCUCAGAGCGACGUCGACUUUGUGACGAUCAACAAGAGCGGAGAGUGGCUGGCCUUUGGCGCUUCGAAGCUGGGCCAGCUGCUGGUUUGGGAGUGGCAGUCGGAGUCGUACAUUCUCAAACAACAGGGGCACUUUGACUCAAUAAACUCUCUCGUCUACUCACCAGAUGGCCAGCGAAUCAUCACCACGGCUGACGAUGGCAAGGUCAAGGUGUGGGACAUUGAGUCUGGUUUCUGCAUCGUGACAUUCACAGAGCACACCAGCGGCGUCACAGCUUCCGAGUUUGCCAAGAAGGGAAACGUUCUCUUCACAUCAAGUCUGGACGGUUCAGUCAGAGCAUGGGAUCUCAUCAGAUAUCGAAACUUCCGAACCUUUACGGCCCCGACAAGGCUUUCCUUCACAUGCAUGGCUGUCGAUCCCAGCGGCGAAGUGGUAGCGGCCGGUUCGCUGGAUUCGUUCGACAUUCACAUCUGGUCGGUGCAGACCGGACAGCUGCUUGAUCGGCUAGCCGGCCAUGAAGGCCCUGUAUCUUCGCUGGCAUUUACGCCGAACGGCAACUCCUUGGUGAGCGGAAGCUGGGACAGGACGGCGCGGAUAUGGUCCAUCUUCAACAGGACGCAGACGAGCGAGCCGUUGCAGCUGCAGGCCGAUAUCCUCGACAUUGCCGUCCGACCGGAUUCUCUCCAGUUGGCCGUCUCCACGAUUGAUGGCCAAUUGACCUUUUGGUCAGUAUCCGAGGCUGAGCAGACGGCGGGCCUCGAUGGACGUCGCGACGUAUCCGGUGGCCGGAAAGCAUCCGAUCGACGGACUGCGGCCAACAUUGGCGGCAACAAGAACUUCAGCACGAUCCGAUACAGCACCGACGGAAGCUGCCUGCUCGCCGGCGGCAACAGCAAAUACAUCUGCCUGUAUUCCGUGUCGACCAUGGUUCUGCUCAAGAAGUUCACCGUCAGCGUAAAUCUGUCUCUCUCGGGAACGCAAGAGUUCCUCAACAGCAAGCUCCUGACCGAGGCGGGCCCCAUGGACGACAUCGACAUGCAGGGAGAGGCCUCGGACCGCGAGGACCGCAUCGACAAGAGCCUGCCGGGGUCGAAGCGCGGCGGGGAUCCAUCAGCAAGGAAGCGCAGGCCCGAGGUCCGGGUCACGGGCGUCGCGUUCUCGCCCGCCGGCACGGCCUUUUGCGCCGCCUCGACGGAAGGCCUGCUCAUCUACAGCCUGGACCACACGCUGCAGUUUGACCCCUUUGAUCUCAACAUUGAGAUCACGCCUGCGUCGACUCUGGCGGUGCUGGAGAAGGAAAAGGACUACCUCAAGGCGCUCGUCAUGGCCUUCCGUCUCAACGAGGCCGGCCUCAUCAAGAGGGUCUUCCAGGCGGUGCCGCCCGCCGACAUACCCCUGGUCGUGGCGAACCUCCCCAUCGUGUACGUCCCGAGGCUGCUCCGCUUCGUCGCCGCGCAGACGGAGGAGUCGCCGCACCUCGAGUUCUGCCUGCUGUGGAUCAAGGCGCUGGUCGACAAGCACGGCGCCUGGCUGACGGCCAACCGCGGCAAGGUGGACGUUGAGCUGCGCGUGGUGUCGCGCGCCGUCGCCAAGAUGAAGGACGAGAUCCGGAGGCUGGCGGACGAGAACGUGUACAUGGUGGAUUACCUGCUGGGGCAGGCGGACAAGAAGGACGACGGCAAGGGCGGCGCGAAUGGCGACGUGUAUCUGACGAGCGCGCAGCAGAAGACGGUCGAUGCUAUCAUGAAUGGCACGGCGGAGGCGGGCGGCGAGUCUGACGACGACGACAACGACGAUGGGGAAGAUGAGUGGAUGGGCAUGGAGUAA